AUGCACCAUUCCCUACCUGUCUCCCACUUCUCAAUCCAUUUCAUUUCCUCAUUUCAAUGCCUUUUCCAAUACUCCGUACUUCGUUCGUCGUGCUCUCAGAAAUCAUCAGUUUAUUGGAACCAAAUCAAAUAUCUAGUGUUUGGAAUCAAAAUGGUUGUGGAUUAUGCCACUGACCUGCUUAGUCUAGAUAUUUACGGGUUACUCAUUGAUGAAAACGGUAUGUGGGCAUUCGAUUGUAUCAAUGAUCGACAGGAGAAGUUGUUGGGUGUGCUGAUGAGGAUGUCGACGGAAUUCAAGGAGACUACAGUAUCCAAAGAUGGGAUGGUGUCAAAGCAACGAUAA